GCAGAAACACGUCACACAUUUUGAAGACGAGGCACGAGCUUUUCUCGAACUUUCUCUGGGUUCAAAUGAUGAGGUCGAGUUGUUUUUUUUUUUCCUGACGGGUGUAAAAACUUUUUAAUAGUCCCAAUUUGGUAGUUUUUAACACUUAAGGAAUGCGGAGGGGUUUAUUUAGGAUAAACACGACGAAUUUGUUUAAAAAGAAAGAGGAAAGUGUGUGUGUGUGUGUGUGUGUUUGUGAAGAGACUGUUUUUAUUUGGUUAUAACCGCCGGUUAUUUAACGGAAUAAAUCUCUAAUUUCAUGAGCUCUCAAUGGCUCGGACAGCUGUUUAACCCGAUAGUUAGGAGUUUUAAUAUUAAUUGAAAACACGCACAUAUUUUUGUUUGUAAUGGGUAAAGAUUAUUAUAAAGUCCUGGGCAUACAGAAAGGCGCUUCUGACGAUGAGAUUAAGAAAGCGUACAGAAAGCAGGCGUUGCGCUAUCAUCCGGAUAAAAACAAAGCCCCUGGAGCUGAGGACAAAUUUAAAGAGAUCGCAGAAGCUUACGACGUGCUGAGCGAUGCCAAAAAGAAAGAUAUUUAUGACCGAUACGGUGAAGAAGGACUUAAAGGUCACUCCGGAGGUUGCGGCGGCAAUGGCCCGAGCUACACUUUCCACGGAGACCCACACGCCAUGUUCGCCGAGUUCUUUGGCGGCCGCAGCCCGUUCGAUCAGUUCUUCGCGCACGGCGCUGAUGAUGAUGACAUGGACGUGGACGACCCCUUCGCCGCGUUCGGCAUGGGAGGCAUGGGAGGCUUUCCCAGGUCCUUUAAGACUCGCAUUGGCGGUGCACACGCGGCGCGGGAGAAGAAAAAAGACCCUCCUGUUAUUCACGAGCUCAAAGUGAGCUUGGAGGAGGUGUUCUCCGGCUGCACCAAGAAGAUGAAGAUCUCGCGCAAGCGGCUGAACCCGGACGGCUGCACGGUCCGCACCGAGGACAAGAUCCUCACCGUGAACAUCAAGCCCGGCUGGAAAGAGGGCACGAAGAUCACGUUCCCCAAAGAGGGAGACGAAACGCCCACCAACAUCCCCGCCGACAUCGUGUUUGUCGUAAAAGACAAGGCGCAUCCGGUGUACCGCAGAGACGGCUCCGAUAUCAUCUACCCUGCGAGGAUAUCCCUCCGAGACGCACUGUGCGGCUGCUCGAUCACUGCGCCGACGCUGGACGGCCGGUCCAUCACCGUGACGUCUCGCGACGUCAUCAAACCGGGCAUGAAGAAGAGGAUCGUGGGAGAGGGACUGCCCCUGUCCAAAUAUCCCGAUAAGAGAGGGGACAUGGUGCUGGAGUUCGUUGUGAAGUUUCCGGACAAAGUGACGCAGAACACUCGCGAUGCUCUGCUGCAGAUUCUCCCACCGUGAGCGGCCAGGUCGGGGGGGG